ACUAGCUUCGACGCUUCUUCCUCAUUGCCCGACGGCGAGGGCUGGUGCUGGGCCUGGAUUCCAACAAAGCUGAAAGCACCAGGCUGAAAAGGCAUUUCAUCUGAGAAUCAAGGCCCAUCCCCCCUUCGGAACUUGUACACCAGCUAGCUCCUUCGGAUCUUCACGCCGUCACAAUGAGGAACGGGGCGGCAGUCAUGCUCCCGCUUGUCCUGCUCCUCUUGGGAUCUUCAUGGUCCGCUUGCACGUCUGCGGAUUCCACGUUUGGCGUCGCUCCCGGGGCGUCGACCUUGGAAAAGGACCUCUCUUCCGCGGGACUCACGGGAUUCGUGAGCCUCCUCAAGCAGGCGGGGCUGAUGGCGGAGCUUGAGCUCCGCGCGCUGGCCGGAUCCGCCUUGUCGCUCUUCGCGCCGACCAACGACGCGCUCAUGCGGGUCAACCCCGCGCUCCUGGCGUUCCUGAGAAUGCCGCGCAACGACGGGAUGCUCCGCGACGUGCUGCUAUACCACGCCGUCGAGGUGCCCGUGUCGGCGUUCGCGUGGGAGGGGUCGUACCGCACGCUGCAGGGCGCCGCGAUCCAACUCCACGUGGACAAUCUCUCGUUUUGGGUGGGCGACUCGACCGUUAAGCAGUUCAAUGCGCGCUCUCUCUCCAUGGGCCUCAGCGACGAGGGCGCAGAGAGGGGCACCUUCGUGGUUCACUCGAUCAACGGGCUGCUCGUGCCGCCGUUCCUCGAGGAAACUCUAUCGCAGACCGAUCUCACCUCUAUUCCUGGAGAAGACAUGUACUCUGACGAGCAAGACAGCGAAGGGUUCUUCGGGCUGGACGCCAGGCGGUCCAUGCUCGCCGGUGCGCCGUCCUCCAUGCCACUCCCAACCCCUCCUCCCUCACCCGUGCCGCCGCCGCCAAGCCCCGGCGUGCCAGUCGAGCCGCUCCCCGGCUCUCCUCCGCCGCCUGCUGUCACCGCCCCUCCGCCUCCCAAGUCUGCUCCUGGUUCCCUGACCUUACGGCAGUUGCUCCCGUCAGUGGCCUUCGCUGUUUUCACCGGCUUGGCAUUGUUGCCAUAAGGCGCAUCGUCCAUCUCACUUCCUUCUCGUCCCCAUCCGUGCGUCGGAUCGGGGAUCGUGUCACCAGUCAACGUCGCUGUUCUUGCCAUUAUGCGUCAUGCCUGUAAGCACCUCGAUAGUCCACUUUUUGUGGCCUUGAACCUCAUCUGGGUAGUCAUGCGGAGGGCUUUGUCUUAGAGGCGCUAAAUUAGUGGAGGAUGCAUAUUGAUGGUUGAAACGAAAAGCUCAUUUUCAAAAGCCACUGUCAUCCUAACAACACUCUAAUUGACCCUCGGGUGUGUGCUAAUCAGAAAAUGCGAAACAUUAAGGUCUUAAGGACUGAAAACAAUCGUACAGGUAGCGUCGCCCUGAAACCAUGGAUUAUGUUAUGAUUGGGACUGCCGAGUAGCGCGGAGGGCAGUGGCAAAACUGUGAACGAGGGAAUUACAAUAACAUGAUAGACAAUAUAAGAAAUAGAAAACCCAGGGUGAUCCUGGACGUAAGAUCGGAAGGUUCGGGAAAGGUAUCGAAGGGCCUCGAUGUGUCGAAGCGAGGUCCGGAAAGGCCAAGGAGGCCCGAACUGAAAGGUCUGGAACCCGGUCGCUGGUUCGGGACUGUUCGAUUCGUACGCCUUGUAGCAAGCCUCAGUAAGGAAUUACUAAUUCCUUACAAAGUAGCACCUUCGUAACCGGCGACGAGAAUGACAACAAGGGCUACCAUUUGCGACUGCUCGCGAAUCUAUGUUUCCUGUGAGCUCACACAGUGCCUGACGGCAAACCGACGUGCGACUGAAUGCGAAGUUGCGAAUACUCGUGGCGAAUCGAGCGACCAAUGCCCGGAUGUGAUUUUCGGAACUUUCCCAAGCAGCAACAUCAAUACGCCCAAGCUUGCAAGGUCAAGAAAACACAUUUCCGGGCAGAAUAAAAAAACCGCUUCCGAAACCCGAAGAUGUGCUUUCUUGUGGUGGUCGGUCACAUUUCUUCGGGGUGCUACCUAGCGUAGCGAGCAGCCCACCCUCACGAUUCGCACUGUCAGAAUCCCGAAACAAGGAGAGUCAUUUCACAAGCUCACAGCAACCACUCACUCCAACUCUUGCGCCCCGAACGGUUCCGUCAAGUGACAAGAGAUGGAAAAUCUCCCAGAGACAGAGGACUUCGCAAGUGGUUAUUUCCCCAUGGAUGGCGACUGUUUCCCGCGAAACACGACCUGGAGUCCCACCACCUCCCCCCCUUACUGCUCGCCGCGGUCCUCGCCGCCACUCGCGGCAUUCCCUAGGGCGCUCGGCGCGCUUGCGCUGGUCGCCAGCAACGUGGCCUUCUGGGUGCACGGGCAGGGCACGGGGUUGACGCUACUCCUCGCGGUGAUGUGGUUCAAGGCCGCCCAGCUCCGUUUCAACGAGGCGCGGAGGAUCCUCAGGCAGCGCUCUAAAGUGCGCGACGCCGCUUCGCUGGAUCAUGCUGCUGGUGCUAUCCACCCAGACAACCAACGCUCUCACGACGCGCAGCAGCACGCGCAGCAGCAAGCGCCGUGGCACGCGCAGCGGCGCGGCGUGCUCCCCAAGGUGUCCGUGGUUCUCGCCGUAAAAGGCUCCGCAGGCGACGCGGGCAUGAGCAACUGGCGCUCGCAGGUCCGGAAUCUCUACGGCGGCGCGACGGAGUACAUAUUCUGCGUCGAGAGCGCGCGCGACCCCGCGUGCCGCGCGGUCAAGGCGCUCCAGCGCGAAUUGCGCGGGACUGCGGAAAUACGGCUCGUCGUGGCGGGCCUCGCGUCGCGCUGCUCGCAGCAGAUCCACAACCAACUCGCCGGUGCGAAGCGCGCGAGCGCGGACUCCAAAUACCUCCUUUUCUUAGACGACGACAUUCAAUGCCACCCGGGGACGCUGGGCCUGCUGGUGAGCAACAUGGAAGCGAAUCCAAACGCGCUCGUCUGCACAGGCUACUCGUUCGACAUCCCGCAGACGCGCGACUUGUCUCUCGCGGCAUACGCGGCCAUGGCGUACCGCGUGCCCAUCCAGCUCGCCAUGGCGUCGGGCGGCAAGCAGAUCCCCGUGUGGGGCGGCUGCAUGAUGAUUCGCCUGGACGACCUGCGCGCCGAUAGGUACGGCAUGGCGACGGCGCUCAGCGCGCACGGGUACAGCAACGACCUGAUCCUCUCCGCCGUGGCGGCCAGCAACGGCCGCGACGUCGUGUGCCCCGCGGCGGCGAUCUUCCCCGGGAGGCUGGCGGGGCGCUGGACGUUCCGCCGGUACUGGAACUACGUGCGGCGGCAGACGUACGCACUCACCACCUUCCGCUCGCCCGUCGCGCUCGCGCUCAACUCUCUUGGGUUCGCGCUGUACGGGUAUGGCGCGUUCUGCCUUGUCGCGUCUCUCCUGCCGUCCGCGCUGCAGGUGUCUCUCGCGCUCGUGUCGCUGGCCCGGGGAGGAGCUGUCUUCUCACCUUGGAAUCCGGACUGGUCCCGAAAUCCCGGCAUCAUCAGCCCCACCAGUCUCACUGACGUCAGCAGCGCCAGCAGCGGCGCCAGCAACGGCGUCGUUAGUGCAGCCAUGGGGUUUGUGCUGGCGAACGCGAGUCUGCUCACCUCCCUGGUCUACUGCGCCGCGUUCAUCCUCUCAACGCUCGCCGUGAUCUGCCUCUUCCGCGCCACCAUCGCGCUCUGCAACCUGCUCUCCCCCGAAAAGCCCCCCAUCCGCGCGGGGGACAUCAGCCUGGCGCUGGGCGUGGCGGGGAUGCUGCUGAACCUGGCGGUUGUGCCCGUGGUGUCAGUGUACACGCUGCUGCAGCCCGCCAUCACGUGGGCUGGCAUCACGUACGUGCGGCGGAGGGGACUCAUUGUGCACGUCAGGCAUCCACGGAAAGAGCGGCAGCAGGGGCAGCAGCAGGGGGGGGAUGGGGAGGAGUGGGAGGGGAAGGGAGCAGGAGGAAUGGAAGAGGCGGAGGGGGAAGAGGAGGACCCAGAGGAGGAGGAGCACCAGCAGUGCUUGCCUCCCCUUGCGGCGUCACCAGUCUCUAGCUGCAAGCCAGCAGGAUUGGUGGCGCAAGACUAGACAGGCGUCAGGCCGGGCUAACCGUUCUCCCUGGAGGGAAGAGCUGCAUGGCUCUGUGUAGAGUGGAGGAUGCGACAGCGAGGUUCGCUUGCAGCGAGGAAGCCAAAUACAGAUGGUAGCUGCUCUUUGGCAUGGACUUGCUGACGGGCCGCUAGGGCUUAGAGUCAGCCCGACAAGGGGUAGGGGCUAGCUAACACAUGAGGGCACUGCUAAAGGCACAAUAUUUUGGAAGAUGAUUUAGAGGGGUCAACUAGAGAGAUAGGCUAACAGAGUAACUUCUU